GCUAAGUUCGAUUUUGUAAACAAACUUGAAAAAUGUGAACACCAAGCGUGAACGUGACUAACACACCGUUGCAUCCAUCCAUCCAUCUGGUCUAGACUGCCUGGUCUGCCUGUGUCUGGCAUUACGUCUGCAUUGAGUCUGGCACUGCCCAAAUGGAUAGACUUUUGAGAUCAAAAAAUAAAUGCUUGAUAGAACAACUUCACCAUCAGCAGGCAUGUAUGCAUAUGUCCUUGGAGAAAUUGCGUGGAGUUGAAGAUGAGGGGCAGAACGCAAAACUGUACACUAUAAGAGCUAAGCCAACUGAUCAUACUGAAAAUAUGGCACAAGACCAAAUGCUUCAAAAUGUGAAUGAUGGAGAUUUCAUUCAACAGCAAUACUCCAGCACACCUAUAUCAUGUGGCACAAGGCAGGCACAGGCACCUUACAAUUGCACAAUACACAUCAAUCAGCUACCGGAAGCAAACUGUGUUGUGCAGUCUGGAGAUCAUGAGGAAGGCAUACAACUAAAGCAAACACGGAGCUGUAUUGUCAACUCUCCAGUUAAAGUGCAGUAUGUGAAGCCCACUGUAGACCGGUCCAUACAAACUGAUCAAGCCAAACUGCAAACUGUAGAAACAUGUACUACAACUGACUUGCCAGUGACACCGGAUGUGAAAAAUAAUGCAGCGAACGGUGAUUCUUUACGCAUAAAUGUCCUGAAGAAACGAUAUGAUGCAUUAAGAAAGUAUUAUCAGGAUGGAAUUGAAGACCAGCCAUGUUUACAGCGGCCAUCCCACACUCACACACCGCCAAGAGUUUCAUGUGGGGAGCUUCACGAUUAUUUUUACACCAACUACCCGUCAAGGUACUUCAGGGACCUUUCCAAUGUAUCACCUACACUUCAAAGAACAAAUGGUAAAAGCUGGUUCGAAGCAAGAGGUCGGACGCCCAUGUAUAAAAGUGGAGGAAUGAGAUAUCCCAGUUCCAGUAGCCGACCUAGUCCAUAUGAUGCUGCGAAACAACAGCAUUUAUCACAAAACCUGAGAGGACUUGAUCUUUCCCACUUACGACAGAAGAAGGGAUCAGAUAAUAAGGGAUAUGGUGUAAGGCAUCAGGACUGCAUGGGCCAUGCCAUGAAAGAUAGAAGAGACAAAGUCCAGCCAUUCCAGCUGUAUGCGCCAUGGUUAGACCUCAGGAAGGACAAAGAUUCUGAGCUGUGGACGGAUGACAGUUCGCAAAGAGAUCUGCUUCAAGGAGGAGUUGAAAGCAGCGAUGAUGGUAAUGUACGACGAGCUGUGAAGCCGGUGACAACCAAUUCACCUAUCGAUGGAGGCAGUGGAAGAAAGGCAAUUGGAAAAGUGAUCUUUCUAGGCAGCACAGCUGUGGACCGAAAAACUGAGCCGCCAAAGCCACCACCCAGUGCCAGCAGUGUCGAUGAAGACGACUCCAAAUUUCUUGAUUACUUGGAAACUCUAGAACUAUUCAGGCGACAGUAUCCAAAUGAAUGUAUGAGCCCAAUGAGGCCGUCAUGGCUGGGCUCUUUCCACAGAUUCAAUGUGAAUGAACGCAGUGCUGAUAGCCAAGAGCAGGGAUACGUUGGUUGCAACCCCGGCACUGACAUCCCUGAUCAUCAGUUGCACGUACUUGCAGGCGUGUUCGACUACAAGCUCAAUGGACGGCUGUUCCCAGAGGCAGUACACACAGACAGAGAGAACAGGAGCAUUUGCCCCACCUGCAAGUCCCCUGAACGUGUCCCAACCAGCACCAACCCAACCUACACCAGGAUAUCAGUAUCACGCAGUGCACUGGCUCCCCCCUACAGACUACAACAUCGCACAAAGCAAGCAUUUAUGCUGAAGGGAUCCCUUGCACUGUCACAGCACUGCCUGGCUGGUCAUCAAUAUACCGGUGAGAUCACUCGGCCAGAGACCUCUACUGUUGAUCUUCGCACUGAAAUGAACAAGGACAAACUAGCAACUCAGGUGCUGCCCCCUGAUGGCACAAGGACUACCACACAGGAGCUGCUCACACGCUCGCACAAGAUCCGACAAAGCUUCAACCGUAUCCUGAUGGAUUCUCGACAUAGACCCGCUGACAUGAAACAUCAGAGGCCGCUGCCACUGUUCUAACAGCACAGCACUAAUAAAUGUCACUGAUAUUGUCAACAAAAUGGUGAUCUCUAGAAGCCUGGCAGCAUUGAUGACAUUGUUGCUGCGUUCUUAUAAUAAGAUAUAAUAAGAUGUUGCUGUGAUAAUAGGCUGCUAAACCUUUUGCCAAAUAUCAUACCUAGUCAAUCUGUUAAUAUGUUAUGCAAUAACUUAUAUGGUGGGAUCAGAAUACUGCAUCCCGUCCCACCAUACCAUUGGAUGGGGUAGCUGUCUAUAUCUUUGUGGAUAUUACACCUGGAAAACUGUAAAUGUGUGGCUUUCACUGAGUAAGCACUCUUUUAACGAUAAUCAUAUAGUCAGCAAUGGAGCAGAAACAGAAAUAUCACUUAUACCUGAUACUCAGUUAUGUACACAUGUUAUGUACCACAGUGCUCAAAUGUGUGACAGGAACUUGAAAUAGUUUUAUAUCUAGAAACGUUUAUUCAUUUUUUCUGCAAUACCCUAGUCCUGUGUUACAAUCUGCUUGUUGUUUUGUUUUUCGGGAAAAAAUGUUUUUUUACACUAUAACUUAUUUUGUUUCUUGCAAAAAUAGGAUAUUAAAGAUAUCAAGCUAUUAAACAAUGAUACUGUCAUCACUUUAAUUCAUAAUGUAUUUUAUAUAUUUACGUCACCGUGAUAAAUAGAGAAAUAGCCACAAAAGUUAGUACACACUGGGUUUUUAAUAUAUCAGCUUAUCAUUGAAUUUCAAUGAGUUGUAGCUUAAUUGCUUGCAUGAAUUGUAGAUUGCGUGAAUAAUAAGAUUCACACACUAUGUAGUCAUGUCUGAUUAUGCGAUAUACGACUUAACCUUCUUCACAAUGAAGUUUCACACCUGACCUCAGGGCAAAUUGAUAACAUACAUGAUAUACAACAUACUGUAAUGUACAGCAAAUAAGUGCCUUACAAAGGAAGCAUUUUUAGUUGGUAAUCUGUCUUAUUGUAGGAGACAUAUGCAUGAUAGCAGUCUAUGCUAUGAAGUUACACAGCUGAGUUGUACACAAUAGUUUACUUACAGUAGUCGCCUUCCAAUACCUUUACCAAUUGCAGUAUACUCAAUGACUGACACUAAUUAACUGUUACUCAGUUAUGAGAAUUUGUUAUGAUUUGCAGAUAAAUAAUGCAAUGUGAACGGUGCAACGAUAAAUUAACGUUACAAAAAACUAACACACUGACCUCUACAAUGAUAAUGAAAAUAUAAUGAA